AGCUUCCAUGACCUCACAUCCUUCAAUGACUUUUUCCUGCGCUUCUAGCUGGACUCUCGAUCCAUGAACCUUCCCCCAUCACACAUUGCUCAGUCCUCCGUGGGCGAGAGGUGUGCCUCAUAUAUCACAGCGAUCAGUGACACUCUCACCCAACGACUCGUUUCGCCUCUCCUGUCAGCCAAAGCGUCGUCUUCCCUGCGUACUCUGACCCUCCCACCCGAUUGGGUCCUCGAUCCUGCACAUCCUCCCACUGCCGCUCUCACCGUCUUCGCCUGCGCGAUUGCCCUCGUCGCCAUGAGCUGGCGAUUCAGCGAUCUCUGGCGCCGCUCCCCCUAUCCGGCUGCCAAGACCACGCCGCCGCAUAUCAGCGACAGCGACUAUACCUACCUCACCCCGGAGGAUAUCGUUGACAGGCCGUCGGGCUACACCGGCGCGGAGGAAGAUGAGCCCGAUACUCUUCUUCUCAAGCAUCGUAAGAAUACCUACGCCUUGCAUUUCCCCGCGUACGCCAUCAAUGACGGGGCGCUCAGUGUGGGCGAGCUGAGGCGCCGGGCGGCGGAGGUCACGCGCACACCUAACCCGGCGCGCAUCAAAUUACUCUACAAGGGGAAGUUGUUGGAUGAUGACUCAAUGCCGUGCCGGGCUGAGGGCCUCAAGCAGCAGUCGGAGGUACUGUGUGUUGUUUCGGAAGUGCAGCCCGGCGAGAGCACGCCCAGUGAAGGCUCGGAGGCGGAGCCGGAGAAAGCCGAUGAGGCUCCCCGUCUAGACGAGGUGCAGAGCGGCGGGGAACGAAGGAAGAGGAAUCGGAACAGAAACAAGAAGAAGAAGGGCAAGGGUCGGAAUAAGACAGCUGAUGCGGCUGCUGAUGAUGCGGACGAUCUCGCCCCGCCGGCGGAACCCCCGCGACCGUCCUCUGCUGGGGGCUCGUCAUCGUUACCGGCGCCAUCUCCUAACCUGAAAGUCUUACGCACUCCUCUCGAGCAAGCCAAUGCGUUGAUCACAUACCUGCGGACCGAGCUACUGCCUCUCUGCGAGGCGUAUGUCGCUCAUCCGCCUACUGAUGCUAAGACACGCGAUUUCGAGCACAAGAAGCUGAGCGAGACGAUCCUGGCACAGGUUAUUCUCAAAGCGGACGGGAUCGAACCGGACGGCGAUGAGGCUGCUCGGAAUGCGCGUAAAGCUCUGGUCAAGGAGGCGCAGGCGGCUCUCAACAGUCUAGACAAAGCUGCAAGGGAGUGAGCUGCACCUGGGGAAGUUGAUUGAUUGUGAACACUGUAUAUUUGGGACUUGCAUUACUUGAACGUAUGUAUUUGGCACGUGUGUUUCCGGGUCUGGCUAUCGACAGAAGAGGGAAUAGAAUUGCUCUUGAUCAAGACAAGGUACAGAGGGAUCAGGUAUUUCUGGAACUUGCAUCGCUUUAUGUUUAUGGAUUAUGGACAUCAGGUCGUGUCCAAUGCACAUAUACAUGUACUUGGAAAUUUGCAUUGAGAUGGCGUCUGGGAUGGAUGUCUCGGGAUUGUUUCUAGGGACCGAUGAGAUGGCUCUUGACAUGAAGAUGAAGUCGAUUUGCUGGAGACAAAAGAAUCGAGAACAUUAUUGAAGAGCCACAGAAUACAUGCUUCAACCAGGAAGCCUGGAAUAGUACCUAAGUAGACGC